UCAAUGCAGAUUACAUACUCAACGCGGAAACUAGGGAAACUGCUCUCAGUGUAUCGUGAACGUGUAUCUAUACCUUCAUGCAGCAUACCGGCGCAGCAAUUGUGUUGCUGUAGAAAAGCCAAUAGUUUUUGGUCAAAAUGUCGUUCCGACCGUUGCCAAUUCUGUUUAUUAAUUUGGGAGGGGAGAUGCUGUACAUCCUUGACCAGCGACUGCGAGCGCAAAACAUCCCACUCGACAAGUCUAAAAAAGUCAUGAAUGACAUCAUUAGUACCAUGUUCAAUCAACGUUUCAUGGAAAAUCUCUUCAGACCACAAGAGAUUUACUCCAGGAAGGCAAUGCGUACAGUGUUUGAUCGACUGGCUCAUGCAUCAAUCAUGCGCCUCAACACAGCCAGCAUGGAUAAGCUCUAUGAUUUGAUGACAAUGGCUUUGAAGUACCAAAUCUCCCUUUGUCUUCGUCCUUCGGAUAUUUUGUUGGUAACCUUCAAUCAUCUGGAUGCCAUCAGAAAUUUCGUUGAGGAUUCUGUCCCAAUAUGUAACCAGGUAGAGACAGUCAUCAAGAUGGUGAUAAAGACCUACAGUUCACUCUCCAUGGGAGAAUUUCAGCUGAUCAGACAGACACUUUUAGAAUUCUUUCAAGACAUCCAUAUACGGGUCUCCAUUUUCCUCAAGGACAAAGUCCAGAAUUCCAAUGGCAGGUUCGUCAUUCCACUGGCUGGCCCAGUUCCUUAUGGAGCAGAAAUACCUGGAUCAAUAAGGUAUUAUGAUGAAUCUGGCCUACACAUUAAGACAACAGAGUUUCCUUCGGGCAGUAAAUAUCAAGCAUCCUUACUAGAAGGCUCUGUGGAUAUGAAGGGAGAUAGGGUCAUCAAGCUGGGUACUAACAUGUACAACACAGUCCGACCAACAGAUACGACAGUCAGCAGUCCACCACAAAAGACCGUGGUAGUGUCAGCUACAGCAGAAGAUGCCACAGCAAACCCUAAUCCAAUGGUGAAGGCAGAGCUGAACCUCUUAGCUCAUCUCAUGGGGGCGGUGGAAACCAAAAGCGACAAGCCUGGUUUCAGGGUCAACAUGUUUAACACUGAUGAGGAAGAAGAGCAGUUUGCUGCAUCAAGACCACCACCUGAUAUGUAUGACUUCAAAGUCAUCAACAUAGAUGCAUCCAAGAGACAGAAGAGUGAUGAGCUUACCAAGAUCAUGGGUGACCUUUCAAUCCCAGAAUCCUCAGGGCAAAGUAAUAAGGGUGAUGACCUACUUGAACUCAUGGACAGUACCUCAUGAUUCACAUUCCUUGGGAGCCACUCCCUCCCCAUCACGCCCAUGGCAAGACUGUGGCGACCUCCUGGUAGAACCAUCACCCCAGUACCAUGCUCUAAUCUGCCAUACAUACCUCCCUUGAUACUGCUAAUCUUUGUAACAAACCCCCCCUCCUUGUAUCACAUACAUGUACCUCUCCUUCUACCACACAUUUUACUCUUCCCCUCCCCAAAACUAGACAUUCACAAAUAUGCCUGUCUUUAUCCUACAAACUUUCUGAAACAUUCUUGAUUUUGUAACUGUACGUUCUUCAUUCCAUACUGAGGUCAGUGCAAGCACAGGGUACAUACAUUUUGGGAAACAAAAUUUUUCUCAUCAAAAUUUGGAAAAGAGUGACAUUGUAAAUAGACUACAUGUACAUAUAUAUGCUGGAUCAUGGUAGCAGUUGUAAAGUCUGUCCCUUCCCACAAACUUCUCCCCCAUACCAUGUCAACCUCAACCCUUCCCUACCAGGCUCCCAUGCUCCAGCAUAGUCCCACUCUUCAUGUGUAUUCAAAAUACUUCAUGUCACACAAUCUGAUCAGUCAGAUAUUACACAGUUUCUUAUGGGUUUGUCCACUUCAACCCUUUUUCUGAAAUAUGCAGUGUUAUACGUACCAUACAUGUGUUACAGCAAACAGUUGCUCAGAUUUUAACACAGAUUUUAAUUGACUGUUAGUAGAUGAAGCAAAGGUUGACUGCGCAAAGAUGAAAUACAGAACUUGUGCUUAGCUUUAUUUGGAUUGCUUUUAUUGCAGUGAUCAAAAUACAGUGAUUUACGUACACUAAAGUAAUAUGAUCUGCAUUUAGACAAUUUGUAUGGUGAAGCUAGACAACUUAUUGCUUGGAUAGUGGUACAUGCACAUGUACUUAAACUUCAGAAUAAUGGCUUCAGUCUUUAAAAAAAGUACUUAAAGGCACAGAAAGAAAUGGAUUGUUUGAAUCCAUUUUGGGGCUUGUGUUUUGAAGUACAUGUCCUAAAAUGCAAUUUGCACUUAAAGUACCGGUACAGCUUUAUUUCACUAUGCACACACGCUUGUAACUUUUAAAAAAAUGCCAAUUUGGAUGUGAAAUGCCAUGUCACACUCUCUGAAUACAAGACAGUUUGAUUGCUUAAAAGCUGUAAUUCACAAAUGCAUGGAAAGAACAGUAACCCGAACAAAUAAGGAUUCCUGUGUAUUUGUUUGCCAGUUUGUCUUGUGCAGAAAUGAACACAUAAUUUGCCAUAUAUUUUCAAAGUGGGCUGAAUGUACAUGUAGAUGAAAAUACCAUUCAAGAUAUUUUACGAUGUUGUUGAUCUAUAGACCAUCUAUAGACCAUCUUGCAUAGAAAUUAAACUUUGUAUAAAACUGACAUCAGUGAUUAUUAGAAUAAAACCUGUAUGAUUGUCUCUCAUUUGUUCAAAUUAAAUGUUAAAAGUGUUAAUUACUUUGGAAGACAUACAUGUAUAUGCACAUGCGUUCAGUUUUACAGAGCAGUAAAAAUAAAAUUUGUGUUCAUGGUUAACUGUCGGAGAUAGAACAAAUUCCUCAACAUACAUUUGUCAACCAUUUGUGCGAGCAGUGUGAUACAGGCAUCAACUGUAAAAUGUAGGUACAUGUAACUUUACUGUCUUUGAUGACUACAGAGUACCGGAGAGUUACGUCAUUUUGAACCAGGAAGUGCAGUGCAAACAAAUGGGACACACACGUGCUGGUUCAAGCACUGGUUCUCAUGCUAAUGCCUUUUAAACACAAGAUUGUGCGCAUGACAUAUUUGUUUUGGUAUUCUAUAUUGUAAUAUGAGUUGUUUUAUGCUGCACAUCUCUGUUGUAAUGAAUAAAGAAAGUGCACAUUUACAUAG